AUGGUUCACGCAGGCGGAAUCUACGUUCUUAAGAAUCAGAACACUGACACUGUUCUCGACGAGAACCAGGGUAACAACUGGGUUCGUGCCUGGGGCGGUAAUGGUGGUGACAACCAGAAAUGGGAGCUCAACCGUGACGGCCCAGGUCACAGAUGGUGGUUGCGAAAUAUUGCCACCGGAAGAUAUCUUGCUCCAGAGAACGAGGAUCUUGGUGCCGCUUUGAGGACAAACGACGAGCCAUUCCUCUGGCACAUCUCCGAUGACGAGGGUGGUCACCGUCUCCAAAUCCAUCACGAUCUUGACCUCCACAUCGAUGUCAAGGAUGCCAGCCGUGACGACGACACCGUUGUCCUCCUCUGGGAGCGAAAGGGCAACAACCAAGUCUGGAUCCUCGAAGACGCUUAA